AUGCGACUCAAAUCUUUCUUAAUUGUUUUGAAGAUUUUCAAAGUCAAAAUUUAUCUCCUUUCGAAAAGUUUUGAGAUGCACUCUUGACAUCUGUUAGUACACGUUCUUCUAGUGUCAACAAUCCGGUUUACUAAGAAAUAUUUUGAAUCUGACAAGUAUUAUUUUGAGCUGAGGGGCGAAAUUUGAAUGGUGCAAAACAUGUUUAUUUGCUGAUGUUGAACGUGUUUUUUUUACCUGGUUGUAAAUGUGGAGUUCUUCAAUGGGCUUUUUAAACAUGUUAUAAAGUAUUCCUUGGCCUCAGUAUCAAACGAAAACGCUUAUGUUGUAGAUACAUGCUAGCAUUGCAUUAUACUGAUGAGGUGCCUCAUAUCACCUCAUUGACAUAAGGUGCCGCCAUAAUGGUACCAUUCGUUGUCUCAUUUUAAGCACAUGUCAAGGUGUUCAGAUUUGUUCAGAAAAAUAUUUACAUUUCCAUGAACAAAGGAUAUGACGUUAGUAAGUAAACAAGCAAUUCCUCAGGUGUUAAGUGUAUCGCUGCUAUAAAAACACAUUUUUAAGUAAAUCAUUCAGUUAAAAAAAUGCAAGACAUUUGGACACACUGAACUAGAUAGCCUAUCAAAUUGGACCAUAAAUCACCAGCUAUGAUGCGACAGGUAAUCUCCGUAUUCUUCAUAUGUGCAACAAUCCUAUAUGUCAAGGCUGUGCCACCAAGAUGCACAAGAGCAGAUAUUAAGAAGCUGAAUAGCACAGUAAUUAACUCGAAGAGCGAACUGAUUGAAGUAUUUGACAGCACAUUACAGGUGAUCAAGAAUGACAUCAACGCCGAACUAACCAAUGAAAUUGACAGUCUUACUGAAAAAAUUACAGAGGAAAUAAAUGAAAAUGAAGGAAAGCUGAAUGCGCUAAAGGAAGAACUGAUUGAAGCAUUCAACAGUAAACUAAUUGAGAUAAAGAAUGACAUCAAAGCUGAACUUACUGCGGAAAUAAAUCAAAAUGAAGAUAAGCUGAAUGCGCUGAAGACACAAAAUCAAGGAACCCUUUCCACACUGACUGCCCAACUGACAAAAACAACUACUGAACUCAGUGAUUGUGCAUGUGAGAGGAAAAGACAGAGGAGUAUUAUCUACUUUGCUGGUCCUUACAUCUACACAUUUGCUGCUGCAAAAGCAUACUGUAAAAGUAAGGGUCAUAAGAUAGCCACACCAGCACAAAUACAAGCAGCUUUUGACCUGGGAAUGCAGUUAUGUUCUUUCGGAUGGUUAAAAGAUGGCAGUGUUAGGUACCCACAUCAAAUGCCAUUUACAAAUGGAUGGUGCGGACAUCGAGGAGUAAACACUGAUCUGAAUCAUAAUCCAUUAGACAAGUUUGGAGUCUAUUGUGCAACAAACCCAGGUCCUGAUUAA